CGUGGUUUAAGAGGUCUGUGGUUGUUUUUUUUUAUCCGUAACCACUUCAAAAGUUUCGUAAGAAUAAACAAACUUUCCGAAUUUAAGGCUUGAGAUGCCCAGAUCAAGAUAUAUAAUAGUAAAAUGUCGGACUGGUAUUGGAAAGUCAUAGCUAUAAAGGCGGCUUUCAUGUUAACAUGUUUUGCAUCUUAUCUAAGAGCCGAAGAAGAUAAUGUACAGAAACUGCCCUUCUGUAAUCCCCAUAAUAACAUAAACGGUGUUCCCGUCACUAAUGACUUAGUCCUCGUCAGCACUUUGGAUGGAAAGUUAACUGCAUUUUCAACAGAUAAUGGCAUAAAAGCCUGGGCUUUAGAAACACAACCAUUACUAUCCUCUAAUUUACAUCAUGUUGAGUUGACAUCUGGUGGAAAAUGGGUGCGACUAGUGCCGUCCCUACGUGGCACUCUAUACAGCCUUAGCGGGGAAACGAUCGAGCCAUUACCCUUCGACGCGGAACAGCUGCUUUCAGCGUCUUUUAAGUAUUCUGAAGAUUUAGUUAUAGCAGGUGCUCGUGAAACGCUAUGGCUUGGUGUGGACUCCAGUUCUGGCAACAUUAUUUAUGAAUGCGGUUCCAGCGGUUGCAACAGUGAACAACAGACCGCUAGUGCCAACAGAGACGUGUUGGUGUUGAGAAGGCAUUCAAACACUGUACGUGCUCUGGACCCUAGGUCGGGUAGUGAAAAAUGGAACUUCAGCGUGGCAGAACAUCACUUAGCACUGAGUCGGCGAGAAUGUGCUGGUGGUAGUAAGGGUCCCACUAAAGCAGCUGUAGCUAUCGGCGUUGCUAUGCCAGAAGGAGUGGUGGCGGUGAAGAGACCUGGUGACUUUAGGUUGCUAUGGCGACAGAAGUUGGACGCCCCCGUUGCUGGCAUGUGGCGAUUACACGAUGGUUUGUUACAAAGCAUCGACGUAUUAUGGGAAGCGACUCAAUCGCUCAUAGAGGGUAGUGGACCUAUUACACCACCUUCACUUUACAUAGGAGUGCACGAUACACAGCUCUACAUCCAGGAAAGUGUGUUGUACGCGCAGAAAUUAGAAACAGCUGUAGUACAAAAUAAUGUGCCAUGGAAAGUGAGGCACUCUAGACCUCUGUUAGAAAGUGAUGAUAAGGAUACGGCGCUUUCAGUACAAGAGGCGGAAUCUAACACUUUGUCCCUAAUAACACUGUAUGGAAAAACUGAAUAUAGCGGUAACCACGGCUUCUUCUUAUACUUAAAAGAGACUUGCGAUCAAGCGUUACAAGUGACUGAUGAGACGCCCAAUGGUCCUGAUAUAUUGCAACCUAAUGAUAGCGAGGAACAAGACCAUCAUCAUAUACACGUGCACGUCUAUUCGCUCUGGUUCUGGUGGAAAGAGGUCCUUCUGAUAGCUGUUAGCUCUGCAUUGCUAAUGAACCUCAUGUUUUGGCCGAGAUUCUUUGCACCUUUGUUUAGACCGUCUACACCUUUGCCGGUUAGUCAGCAAGAGAACAUAGUAGUGGAGAGGUAUUACGAACGGCCGGUAACCACAGAGUAUUCGGGGCGAUACGAGAAUGACUUCACUCCGUUACGAUGUCUCGGUCGGGGCGGUUUCGGCGUUGUCUUCGAAGCCAGAAACAAUAUAGACCAUUGUUCGUACGCCGUCAAAAGAAUUACACUACCUAGAAAGGAGUCGAAGAGAGAGCGCGUAUUACGUGAAGUGCGAGCUCUGGCUAAAUUAGAACAUGAAAACAUAGUGAGAUAUUUCAACGCGUGGCUCGAAGAACCACCACCGCUUUGGCAACAGCAACGUGACGCUAUUUGGAUCAGAGAGUUAGACGCGGCCGGUGUAUCAUACGUGUCAGAUGAAUACACGGCUACAUCGCCCCCUCCGAAGUCAGUGCACAACAGUACAAGUGUUACACUCGAUCUACAGAAAUGCGACGAGUGUAUCGACACCUUUGAUUUAGAGAAACAGUUGGCCGCUGAGAAAUCUAAGAGACAAAGAUCGCUGAGCUGCAACGAUUCAUUCAGCAUAGUGUUCGAUGAAAACGCAUCAAAUGACAAUCCAGCGUCACAUAAAACCUCAUCUGAUCUCUCCCAUCAGUUUAAUAGCAACUUAAGUUUAUCAAAGAACUUGAGCGAUUUGCCGAAUCACACAUUGUCUAAACAAAAGAGUGAUAAUGACGACUCGUUCAUUGUAUUCGCUCACUCGGAAGAUCAAUCUGGACAGAGUGUGUCUGAACCAACAAAUGAUAUGUCCAUUGAUAAAAGGCUGGAGAGGGUCAAAGAAAUCGAUGGUGUUACAAAGACUGACAGUUCUAAACCAAAUAGGAAGAAGAAACAGAAAGGCCACCGCCGCCACUGGUCGCUAGAUAUGUGCGUGCGUGAAGAGCCUGUCGAUACCAAGAUGUACCUGUAUAUUCAGAUGCAACUCUGUCGUCGUGACAGUUUGCAUGAUUGGCUGAGGCAUAACCGAACUCCAGCCGCUAGAGGGGACAAGGUGAAGAUACUCUUCAGUCAGAUAGUGUCAGCAGUCGAGUACGUUCAUCUGGCGGGUCUAAUCCACCGCGACUUGAAACCUAGCAACAUAUUCUUCGCUCCAGACGGGCGCGUGAAGGUUGGAGACUUCGGUCUGGUCACAGCUAUGACUGAUGGAUCUCAAGAUGGGGAGGCGACUAACGAAAUUGAUGCCACCGCACGACAUACUUAUAGAGUCGGUACACAUUUAUAUAUGUCCCCGGAACAGCUGUUAGGCCGUGCCUACAGCUACAAAGUUGACAUAUAUUCAUUGGGUUUGAUAUUGUACGAGCUGUUGCAUCCGUUCGAUACUGAGUCGGAACGAGUUGCCUGUCUGAUGCGUGCGCGCAACUCUCAUUACCCACAGAACUUCACCGAGAAACACCCGCAAGAGACGGAGGUUUUGAAGAUGAUGUUAAGCGAAGAUCCCACUCAACGCCCGACCGCCAUGGGGGUGAAAGCUCGCGCACCCCUCUUCCAAGAAACAGAUGAAAGAUGGCAUUUCACUCUACCAGCAUUAGUCUCCUGAAUAACGUAAGUUUAUUUAUAUAAUUUGUGGUAACUGAUUGAGUGGUAUCUUUUAGAAUACUAACAAAGUAUAUGAUAUUGUUUAGAUAUUUUAUAAAUAAAGCAAGAGAAAUAAAUUACACGUGUAUUACAUUGUAUGUGUUUUGUUUCAUAUCAGUUAAUUAUUGGUAUUCAGUUGUAAUAUUUUGGAGAAAAAAACUUAAUUUUAAAGUCCAUAAAUUGUGCCACCUCCAUUUCGUAAACGUUGAUUCGUUUGUAUUUAAAAUUGUUCUUUUAUUACAAUAAAAUAUAGUGUACAAAAUUAAUUGUUUUAAAGAAUAUCAAUAGAUAUCAUCAACAAGCGUUCUAUGACAGCCGACGACAUUUUUGUUAUUACAUAGAUAAUUUUAUGAUUAUUUCAAUUACCAGUGAUGUAAUGACCAGUGUUAUGUUACGUCGUGCUGUGACCAUCCUUUGCACAGCUUUAUUAGGUUACAAUUUUGUAAAUUAUAAUGUAUUUAAGGCUAUGGGUUUUAUAACAAAGAACAGAGACAGUAUGUUUUCCUUUUUUGAGCGUAAUUCAUGUUUCUCGAAAUUUGUUUUUUUUUUAAUGGCAACACAGUUUAUUAGUCGUGUAUUGAGUUCUGUCGUAUGUAACUUUUUACUUGUAAGUGAUUAAGUGUUAUUAUCCAUCGAGGAUACGUAUAUAUAACUUAACUUCUAGGCCUCAAACGUAUACUUUUUUAUUCACCAAAAGGAGAAUAUCUUACUCCUCUUGGUUAAUAAAUAAUUUUACUGUUUUAGUUUUCCCACUAAAGUUUAGCUUAUAUGAUAAAAGUCACUUUUCAUUCAAUGGCGUAACUAUACCGUAAUAAAUAAAUAAAUGUCAGGAUUAAGGAGGUAAAGUAAUAAUAAAUGUCAGGAUUAAGGAGUCUCCUCUGACCGGGGGCCCCUUAUAGCUGAAGGCCCGUGGCAUUUUGUCGACUUGCCAUGCAGUUUACGCCAUUUGUAGUUACGCCACUGUUUUCAUUUCAACACGAUAAGAUUUUGAUUGGAUUCUUUGAUUGUAUGUAAGAUCAGGAAAUAUUCUAUCUUAUAACAAUAAAUAUACUAUAAAUGUUGAAAAAAAAAAUCAAUUAACAUGUUCUAUAAAUUAUUGAUGACUAGCUCGUUAUAAGUGUUGUUGUUAAAAAGACAAAAAAAAUACAGUUUCCAUAAAAAAUUGUGUGGGUAAUUUUUGUUUUCAUUUCUGAUCACUGAAAUUUUUAGAAAUUUUUUUUUCUUCUCUGUCAAAGUUAAUUUAAUGAGACAAUAAAUUAACAGUGUAUUUUUUUUAAAUGCAGUCUUAAUGCAUCUAAAUAUUUCGAGGCUUGGAACAAAAAUAUAGUGGACUAUUUGUAUUUUGAAUUUUAGAAUAUUUAGUAUGCAUUUAUAAUUAAAGGUCGGUGUAUAUCGGUGAAAAUGCGAUUGACUUACAAUUAAUAUAGUAUGACAUUCAACGGAGACACAUGCAGACUCGACGGAAAUUCCGUCGAUAACUAACUCAUAUUUCCGUCGAUUAUUAACUCAUAUUUCUGUCGAUUACUAACGCAUAUUUCUGUUGAUUACUAAUGCAUACUUCCGAGUAAAACUUAUCAGAUCUUCAGUCGGGUUUGCACCGACCCUGCGUUAGGUAGUAGCUAUAAAUUGCAAAAGACAGCUUUAUUUGUCUUGAGAAAAUGUGCGAUAUGAUGAUUAAUAUUUUUUUUAUGUAUUUUAUUGGAAACUACCUGUGUACUUUUUGAUCAUGUAGUAAAAAGAAUUAAGACAAUAUUGAUAUGUCAUAGUGUAUUUGUUUAUAAGCAAUAUAGUAGAUUUAUUUCAUGAAUUUGUAAGACUGUAAGAAGGUAUUUUAUGCUGGUGUCUAAAGCAUACUUCUAGUUUAGACUUCACUUAUUAAAUUAGUCACCUUAUUAUUAGUACAUUAUGUAUAAGGAUUUAGUGUUUGAUAUAAGAAUAAUAAUGAUAACUGUUAAUAGCUUUAUGGGACGAAUAAAAGAUUAAAUAAAUUUU